CAGUUCACUAGGUUUGGCCUAGCUAGCAGACGCCAGGAUCAAAACGCGAAGUGACAGCCACAAGCUCGGCAACAACAGCACCUCAAGAACAACACCUCAAGUUUUCGUUCGUCUCUUCGCUCACAAUUUUAUAUUUGCUCACCUCUUCCAAAGCUACUAGCUUGUUAUAAAAGCAGCAAACAACAGCAGAGUAACCAUGGAACCUCUUCGUGCUUCUUUCCAACAACGCCGCUGGAGCUCGUUCAACAAAUCGUUGAGCAACCUCUCCGUGAGCUUCUCCGUCGGGACGUUGAAGGAUCUCUUGCUCAAAGUCAUCCCCAUUUGCCAAGGCGUCGACCGUCUUUGCUGCCAGCAUGUGGUAGAGCUGAUAUGGCGACACAAUGGUGCGGAAGUCCCCAAUGACGAACUGGAAGAAACUGCUUGCUUUUUGGAAGGACUGCUUUCUCCUAGUUACGAUCAUCUGGAUAAGACACUUCUCGUGCACAUUCACUCUUGUAUCGGUAUGAUCCGAGAACAACAAGGCGUUCUGGACAGAGCCAUUCGAUCACUGCAACUGGCACUGUGGCUGCAGCAAAAGGUAACCACUGAUCAAGUGGCUCUUGCUGUUACGGAGCACCGAUUAGGCUUGGUAUAUGCCAAGAUGGGAGAUUACAAGAAGGCCACAUAUCUCAUUGAGAGAGCACUCAAGGCAUACUCAGAUGCCAAGCUAAAGACGGGGCACACCUGUAUUGUAGAAGCAGAGGAAUCCUUGUCCGGAAUUCGAAUAAAUAAGUUGAUGGAAGAUAUGGAGAUGCAACGAUCGGUAUCAGAGCAUCUUGCUGGUAUUAUGGAGGAUGAUGACCAACAGCAAGAUCAAGAGCAACGGCAAGAGCCACAGCAACCAAAACCAAAGCGUACACCUAAAAAACACGUUCUGCGGGCAAGAUCAGCGUAAAUUAUAGCCACACCAUUGUAUCACUAGAGCCACAAAUAAUCCACAC